AUGACUCAUUCUGAAAUUUCGAAUGAAUCAGAGAUUUUGUCAAACGUUCAUUUUCCAUUAGAGUUCCCUACAAGCAUAGUAACGCCGGAGGAUGCUAUCGGCCAACAAAUAUCCGAAAUAAGCAGUAGACCAGUCUCGAUUCAACAAGUAUUUCAACAAAGUAUGCCUCAACCACAAUCAUUACUUCCAAUCCAAACUACCGACAGCAUUGACCCAUUUUUCGGACAAUUCUCAUCAAUGUCAAAUUCUACUAUAUCAUUUCCACCUUCACCUACAAGUCCACCUAAUUUUCCUUCAGGAUAUCCAUCUCCUCCUCAGAGAAUAUCACAUGAUAUAAUAAGAAAUGAUGCAUUAUUUCCCGCACAAUUUUCCGAAAGCGUUACCGAUCCUUUAACUCAAAGCUCACCAACACUUCCUGAUCAAUCAGCUAUUUGCCUUACGAGUGCACAACAAAGUGGAAUGGUAACACCUCCAAUGAUGAUGAAUGGUCAUGAUUAUUAUCAUCCGUAUCACCAAAUGAUAGAUCAUAGUUACGCGUAUCGGCUUAUAGCUGAAGAAAAUAGAAGACGGCGGAACACCGCUGCUUCUGCAAGAUUCCGCAUAAAAAAGAAAAUGCAUGAACAAGCUCUCGAAAAAACUUCUAAAGACAUGGCUUCAAAAGCUGAGAUGCUCGAGAAUAAAGUGCGCGAAUUGGAAAAGGAAAUAAAAUGGCUAAAAAGUUUGAUUAUUGAGAAGGAUGCCCGACUUUUGGAUAUCGAACGUCCUAAAGAGCAACCUGAUCAAAAUUAA